UUUUUUUUGAGAUAAACUUGAUUUCAUUAUAUUAAAGACUUUUAUUAUAAAUUAAUUCAUUAUGCCUCGUCCUCUUGCUCUUGCUGUUACUCCUGUUGUUGCUGGUGUUGCUGGUUAUGCUGCUUACGUUCGUUCCACUGCACAACCAGCUCUUGCUCAUUCUCAUAUUAUGACUGUUCAUGGUGCUGAUGUUUCUGGAAAACAACAAUGGAAGAAAAUUAAUAAUGGACUUGGUCUUGUAGAUGUUGGUCGAAGCUGUGGUGGUUUAUAAAAUCAUAUUUAAUCAAAUCAAUAUACCAUCCCUCUUUUUUUUAACAAAAAAAAAAAAA